AUGUUGUGCGGUUUGCGCUCCCUCACUCUUAUGGAUGAUAAACCUGUGGACGAAGAAGAUGUCGACUCAAAUUUUUUGUUGGCAAACGGCUCUGUUGGUGAAAAUCGUGCGAAAGCAUCAUAUGAGAAGGUGCAAGCGCUAAACCCAAUGGUUAAAGUGGAGGUCGUUGAAUCCAGUCUGAAAUGCAUCGAUCCUGCCUUCAUACCACGCUUUACUCUUGUUGUGCUAUGUGAUCAGUCCUAUGAAGACGUCCAAAUUUGGAAUGAAAGAUGCCGCAAGCUCAAUAUUGGCUUCAUUGCAUGUAGUGUUUUCGGCUGGAUGGGCUACUCCUUCUUCGAUUUCAACAAUCAUUUGUUCCUCAGUGCUGUUGAAAAGAAGAAGGACGCAGUAUGCGAUGAGGCUGGAGGUGGAACGUCGAACUGUCCGGAUGCGGUGGAUCUUGAGUCGGAAAACGUUUUCGAGAAAAGAAAGCUUCAAUAUCCAUGUUUCGAAGAGGCUUUCAACGUCGAUUGGUCUAAGAAGCAACUGGUGAGAAAGUCGAGGCGUCUCGUUCCUUGCAGUUAUUUCCCACUCAAAGCUAUGCUGCGUGCACAAAAGGAGCACAAGUUGACAGGUGACGAGCAGAAGGACUUGACAGUACUUACGCAGUUGUGGAACGAUGAGGUGCUUGCAGCUCAUCAUGAGCUUGAAAGGCAGACAGUCCAACCAGAGCAGUUUGAUUACUUCUUUGGGCCGCAGUUUUCAACUGUUUGUGCGAUUGUUGGCGGAUUAGCUGGCCAGGAGGCGAUAAAGGCUAUGUCUGAGAACGAGCGUCCUCUGCAAAACAUAUUCAUCUAUUCUGCACUUGAUUCGACCGGGACCGUCUGUCAUUUUCCACCUCCACCAUAA